AUGGAUCGGCUACACAAGUUACGACUUCCUAGAGCACACACAUGUUGCCUCUGCUGUUCCGGUGCACAACCAAUUCAUCAUUUGUCUAGUGACGAGGAUGAAGACGAGGUUGGCGCUGUUGUUUGCGGCGGUGAUACAUCCAUUCGAGGUAGCCAGGGCUCUGAUGAUAAACUCAACAGAGCCGCAUCCACGUUGAUCCUUAUAUCGGAUGAGAUGGAACUACCACAUCUUCGGUCUGAACAUCGUAUUUUAGACCACGGAACCAGUCACCGACCACAUCUCGGAAAACGUUCUACCGAACCGUCUGGAAUGAAUGGAUUAGGGUGGACUAUCUCAUCGAAACUAGACACAUGGGUCGACGAAGAGAAUGUACAAAAGAGUGACACCAGGAGAGAGCAGCCGGCCUGUUUAGCCCCUUGUCGUUCAUGGCAUCGAUUUCAACGCAAACUUAGUUAUCUGUUCACCCAUUCACCUGGUCCUGUCGAAAAAACAGGUGUGGAAAUGGGUGAUACACAACUGGCGGAAGGUGAAUCUGAGUAUCCCGGUUAUCCACACGAGGAAGACAGUCCGAUGCUCAUCCAGGCCACACACACCAGGAUCGAAGAUGAUAUGGAUGAUGGUUAUGUGUUGCAUGCCUCAUCUUCUAGUUUAUCCAAUGUGGAAGAGUAUUCUGAAAGCGAGUUGGAGAUUCGCAUGGACAAUCCAUUUUGGUUUGAUUGA